GUCACUGUACACAUUGACUGUUGUCCGUUACAUUUUCUCCACUUGACCUCCAAUAAUGGCGGCUGCAAACCUCGUCUCUCAAACCCCAACAAUCCAUCCCACAAAAUCCUUGAAAACCCCUUUAAAUCGGUUUCCCAUAAAACACAUUUUACCGUUCAAACUCAAGCUCACUUCAAGACUCGCCUCUCUGAGCGUAAGGGCAGUUCUGUCCACUGCGGAUCCCAAAACCCAGAAGCUUCAGCAUUGUUUCACCAAAUCUGAAGAUGGGUAUUUGUAUUGUGAAGGAAAUAAGGUUCAGGAUGUUAUGGAGAUUGUGGAAAAGAGGCCUUUUUAUCUAUAUAGUAAGCCUCAAAUUACUAGGAAUGUUGAAGCAUAUAAAGAGGCUUUGGAGGGUUUGAAUUCAAUAAUUGAUUGCGGGUGCACUCAUAAAAUUUGGUUUAAAUUAGUCAACAUGGGUUCAUACCCUAGUCCUCUUGUCUUCAGCUUGAAAGGUGAUAUAUCAAUAUCUUGUGGCAGGUGUGUCUUCAAUGGGAAUGGAAAAAUCUUGGAGGAUCUAGUCCUAGCUGCUAAAGAAGGUGUUUUUGUAAACAUUGAUAGCGAAUUUGAUCUGGAAAACAUUGUAGCUGCGGCAAGAAUUGCUGGGAAGAAAGUAAAUGUGCUCCUACGUAUAAAUCCAGAUGUAGAUCCUCAGGUCCAUCCAUAUGUUGCCACUGGGAACAAGAACUCCAAAUUUGGUAUCCGAAAUGAGAAGCUGCAGUGGUUUCUAGAUGCCGUGAAGGCACAUCGGCAAGAACUGAAGCUUGUUGGUGCCCACUGCCAUCUUGGCUCUACCAUUACAAAGAUCCAUGCUUCUGAAUUGCAUCUAUCUGCCUAUCCAAAUUCCUAA